UACAGAUGCGAUGGAGGUUCGCUGGCUACAGAUACCCGGUCCAUUUGGUGCGGAAGACAACGUCUAACCAUUCAACUUGCGUGGGCCAUUUCUUAAAGGUUGGUGUACCUCUCGCCAUGCCAGGGCAACUGAGAGUUGGAACAGUUCAUCUCUCAUCCUCCCCACUGUUUCUCCUGCUUAUUUUCCCCCUUUCCCUGUCAGCCCCCCACCACUUCCCACUCCACGUCCCCUCACUGGUGCCCCGUGCCCCACAGCCUCUCACACGCCCACACUUUAGUGCUCAGACUCAGCUUGACUUUACCACAUACUGCAAUUCCAGUUGCUACCACAAGGAGCAAGAGUCCAGUCGCACAGUCCUGACCGAAUGCUUAGCAUUUGAGACUUUGUACUCCGACGGCUCACGCACCUUGACAACCGUGGAUGUGGAGGACGAGGAAGAAGACAGUUCUGCAGUACAGCCUCCUGCCAACAGACGCCACCGUAUGUAUGCUGCACAGCAUAAGAGAAGCAGGCGGCAGAUCUACGGAGCUGAUGGACGCUUCAAUAUCCGUGGUAAUCACUUCCUGCUAGACUACCCUUUCUCUACAGCGGUCCGUAUCUCCACGGGCUGCACUGGUGUUUUGGUGUCUCCACGCCAUGUUCUGACCGCUGCCCAUUGUGUGCACGAUGGGAAAGAUUAUGUCAAGGGUGCCCGUAAACUAAAGGUGGGUGUCCUGACCCCACCCUCCAGCAACAGCACAAAUCUUGACAGGCUAACUCCCAUGAGGCCCCUGGUUCGCUGGGUGCGAGUUCGAAGAACACGCGUUCCCAAAGGCUGGAUCCAGGGUCCGCAAGGGGUCAGCAUGGAUUUUGAUUACGCCCUCCUGGAGCUAAGAUGGCCACAUCACCGCCCUUUCAUGCGCCUCUCAGUGGCGCCCCCUUCCGAGAACCUGGCAGGGAAACGAAUCCACUUCUCUGGAUUUGACAGUGACCGGUCAGGCGAGCUGGUGUACCGAUUCUGCCCUGUGGAGGAAGAGUCCAACGACCUCAUCUACCAACAUUGUGACGCCCGACCAGGAGCUAGCGGCUCUGGCGUGUAUGGGCGAGUGUGGGACUCUGCCAAUGAACGCUGGGAGCGAAAGGUCAUCGGUAUCUUCUCUGGACACCAAUGGCUGGAGAUUGAUGGGGAGAACCAUGACUUCAAUGUGGCUGUGCGGUUCACGCCUCUGAAAUUUGCUCAGAUCUGCUUCUGGGUGCAUGGAAACUGGACGGACUGCAGCCAGCAGCAACAGUGGUAG